AUGAAGCGUUCUCGACGCCAGCGGAAUAGAAAGCUGGAAAGCGACUGUGGCGAGGAUAAUAUAAGUGCGACUCCUACGAGCGACUCAGAGCAGGGCGAUACUACGUAUAAGACAGAUCCAACGGAGCUGGAGGACGCGCCCAGCUCACGAAAACGUUUCCGACCGGACGAGAGCCUUGACCUGGAGCCAGAGAUCUUUUUUGACGCUAGAGAAAUCUACGAUGAUCCACUAGAUGAAGGCGGAGUUGAUCUCUCCGAGAUCCCCGAGGAUUUCGACAAAGCACCAGGUACCAUUGAACGACGUGAGCGGAUUGAGGACCGGUGGAAAAGGCAUAGGUACUGUGCCAGCAAAGUGCAAAACAGGCCUAACGAGCCAAAAUGGCGUGAUGCCGAGGAGGCGCUACGCCAGGCGUCGAAUAAUGACAUGUAUCGGUUCCUGCGCUGGUGUCUUCUGCUCGAACGAGGCAAGGACGGUCGAUAUAUUAAAGGCAUCAAUAAAGCUAGCACAUUCGAGACCGACUGGAAAAACCUUCGCUGUUACUAUCAGAAGCUUACCAAGGUUAUAAUCAACGAUGAAGAUAGCUCAGAGAUACGCAGGGGUGGGUAA